UUCUUCACAUGCAGCUAAGAUGAAGUCGAGACACAGGCAGCAGUUAGCGUUCAGCCUUCUGUUUGGGUUGUGGUUACCCUGCUGUUUAACACAGACCACACCAUCAAGCACAGCCGCCUCGCCAGCGCCCACCCCCUCCCCGUCCUCCCCGUCCCCCCAGCCCCAGACCGAGCGGCUAAAAGUCAGACUGGCCGGAUUCCCACGGAAACACAACGAGGGUCGGGUCGAGCUUUUCUACAAGGGAGAGUGGGGAACCAUCUGCGAUGACGACUUCUCGAUAACAAACGCCAACGUGCUCUGUCGCCAAAUGGGCUUCGUCUCGGCCACAGGAUGGACCCACAGCGCCAAAUAUGGCAAAGGACAAGGAAAAAUCUGGCUGGACAACGUGCAGUGUGGCGGGGGCGAGAGGAGCAUCGACGUCUGCAAGUCUCGCGGCUGGGGCAACAGCGACUGCACUCACGACGAGGACGCCGGAGUGGUGUGCAAAGACGAGAGGAUCCCGGGCUUUGUGGACUCAAAUGUUAUUGACGCUCACGUCGAUGAGAACAAGAUCGAGGUGGUGCGACUGCGCCCCGUGGUCGCCAUGGCCAAAAAGAAGAUGCCCAUCACCGAGGGCGUGGUGGAGGUGAAAUACAAAGACGGCUGGGCGCAGAUCUGCGACCAGGGCUGGACCAUCAAAAACACACGCGUGGUCUGCGGCAUGCUGGGAUUCCCACAUGAGAGGAAGGUCAACAAGAACUUCUACAAGUUGUACCUGGAGCGUCAGAAGAGCUUCUUCCACGUUCACUCCGUGGCGUGCACGGGCUCCGAGGUCCACCUGGCCGCCUGCCCCCUGGAGUUCCGCAAACCCAACGCGACGUCCAUCUGCCAGGGCGGCACGGCGGCCGUGGUCAGCUGCAUGCCGGGGCCGCAGUUCAUGCAGAACAGCGGAUUGAAAAAGAAACUUAAGAUAUCGAGCAACGUGAGGCUGAAGGGAGGAGCCAGGCUAGGCGAGGGUCGGGUGGAGGUGCUGAAAGACAACGAGUGGGGAACGGUGUGCGACGACCGCUGGAACCUUCAGUCAGCCAGCGUCGUCUGCAGGGAGCUCGGCUUCGGCACGGCCAAGGAGGCUCUGACGGGAGGCCGCAUGGGACAAGGAAUGGGUCCAAUCUACAUGAACGAGGUGAAGUGUCUCGGUCUGGAGAAGUCCGUCUGGAACUGUCCCUUUAAAAACAUCACAUCCGAGGACUGUCAGCACAUGGAGGACGCUGCGGUCCGCUGCAACGUGCCCUACCUGGGACUGGAGAACUUGAUAAGAAUCACAGGCGGUCGGACCCGGUACGAGGGUCGCCUGGAGGUGCUGAGCACAGACUCGAACGGGACGCAGAGCUGGGGUCUGAUCUGUGGAGAGACCUGGAGCACCAAGGAGGCCAUGGUGGCCUGCAGGCAGCUGGGCUUGAACUACGCUAACCAGGGCCUGAAAAUCCGGAUAGUGGGCGGCCGCAGCACUUAUGAGGGCCGGGUGGAGGUUCAGGUGGGGUCCAAGUGGGGCACAGUGUGCAGCACAGGCUGGACCACAAAGGAAGCCAUGGUGGUUUGCAGGCAGCUAGGGCUCGGCUACUCCAUGCAUGCCAUCACUGAGACGUGGUACUGGGACAGCAGCAAUGUGACCGACAUGGUGAUGAGCGGGGUGAAGUGCACGGGGAACGAGAUGUCUCUGAGUCAGUGUCAGCACCACAAGACGCUCAGCUGCCAGAAGUCUGCGGCAAAGUUUGCAGCGGGAGUCAUCUGUUCUGACACGGCCUCUGACCUGAUCCUGAACGCCCCUCUGGUCCAGCAGACGGUUUACAUCGAGGACCGUCCUCUGCACAUGCUCUACUGCGCCGCCGAGGAGGACUGUCUGUCAAAAUCUGCAGCCAAAGCCAACUGGCCCUACGGACACCGACGCCUGCUCCGCUUCUCCUCGCAGAUCCACAACAUCGGCCGCGCCGACUUCAAACCCAAGGCCGGACGCCACUCGUGGGUCUGGCACGCCUGUCACGGACACUACCACAGCAUGGAUAUUUUUACACACUAUGAUCUGCUGAACUCAAACGGUACCAAAGUGGCAGAAGGACACAAAGCCAGUUUCUGUCUGGAGGACACAGACUGUCAAGAGGGUGUUUCUAAGCGGUAUGAGUGUGCAAACUUUGGCGAUCAGGGCAUCACCGUGGGCUGCUGGGAUUUAUACCGCCACGACAUCGACUGCCAGUGGAUCGACAUCACCGACAUCAAACCUGGAAACUACAUCCUGCAGAUCGUGAUUAAUCCAAAUCAAGAGGUGGCCGAGAGCGACUUCACCAACAACGGCAUGAAAUGCAACUGCAAAUACGACGGACAUCGAAUCUGGCUGCAUAACUGCCACGUCGGCGACGCGUUCAGCGAGGAGGCGGAGAGGAGGUUUGAAAAAUACCCCGGACAGCUGAACAAUCAGGUUUCUUAAUCCACGAUCAAAACCAACCACAAAGUGAGACCGACAUCAGGUGCUUAAAAUAAAUAAAAACCAACCUCACACGCCUUUAAAAAACAACACAUCACUUCAUGGUUCAUGGAAGAAACCAUCAGCAGUGUUCCGGCGGUGCGAGUGUCGUAUGUCUGACUUAUUAUACUUGAAUAUUCAAGUGCUUAUUUCUUUAAUUUUUAGUGGAAUGUGAGCUUUAUGUUUAUCACGAGAAUUUAUGAAGCCAGUUGUACAGCCUUCUGUUGAAUGUUUUUUUUGUAGCUAUGAAUGAGGUUUAUUAUUUUUUAUAAUCAUGUGUGUUUUUUUUACAUUUUUAAAAACCUGAGGCAGGAACACAUGCAGCUCUGUGGGAAGUUUCACUGGUCUAACUGGUUCAUACUGGGAGUCACAGAUAGAUACACUGUCCUGAUUCCAAACGGCCUCCGAGCUGAGUAACAUCACUCUGGAUUGGUCCUAACAUGCUCGCCUCCCCACACAGCUCCUUUGGUGAAUGUAUUUAUUGCUAAAAAUGAAGGAAGGUAUCUGAGAAACAAACCUUCAGUUUGCUUCCUGGUUUUAAAAUCCCGUUUGAAGCCGCCUGAAGCUUCAGUCUGCGUCAUGUGUAGUCGUGUGUAACGCCAUGUAAGAUCUGACUCAAAAAACUAAAAAACUACAAUAACCUUCAAGAGUUCGUUCAUGUAUGCUGAUGUACUCUCACAUGCUGCACCCAAUAAAAGGAGAGGAAUUAAA